AUGAGGGAAAUCGUCCACAUCCAGGCCGGGCAAUGCGGAAACCAGAUUGGAGCUAAGUUCUGGGAGGUGAUUUCGGAUGAGCACGGAAUCGACCCAACCGGCGCCUACCAAGGAGACUCCGAUCUGCAAGUAGAGCGCAUCAAUGUGUACUACAACGAAGCAUCCGGCGGCAAGUACGUGCCGCGCGCCGUGCUGGUCGACCUCGAGCCCGGCACCAUGGACUCCGUCCGCUCCGGCCCCUUCGGACAGAUCUUCCGCCCGGACAACUUCGUAUUCGGACAGUCCGGAGCGGGCAACAACUGGGCCAAAGGACACUACACCGAAGGAGCGGAGCUCGUUGACUCCGUUCUUGAUGUCGUCAGAAAGGAAGCGGAGGGCUGCGAUUGCCUGCAAGGCUUCCAAUUGACGCAUUCCCUUGGCGGCGGCACAGGAUCUGGAAUGGGAACGCUGCUCAUCUCGAAGAUCCGAGAAGAGUACCCCGACCGCAUCAUGAAUACGUUCUCCGUCGUUCCCAGCCCGAAAGUAUCCGACACGGUGGUGGAGCCGUAUAACGCGACGCUGUCGGUGCACCAAUUGGUCGAAAACACCGACGAGACGUAUUGCAUUGACAAUGAAGCUCUGUACGAUAUCUGCUUCCGAACAUUGAAACUGACAACGCCGACAUACGGGGACCUGAACCAUCUGGUGUCGGCGACGAUGUCGGGCGUGACGACGUGCCUGCGGUUCCCGGGGCAGCUGAACGCGGACCUGCGCAAGCUGGCGGUGAACAUGGUGCCGUUCCCGCGGCUGCACUUCUUCAUGCCGGGGUUCGCACCGCUCACGUCGCGCGGCAGCCAGCAGUACCGCGCGCUCACCGUGCCGGAGCUCACGCAGCAGAUGUUCGACGCCAAGAACAUGAUGGCCGCCUGCGACCCUCGCCACGGCCGCUAUCUCACCGUCGCCGCCGUCUUCCGCGGCCGCAUGUCCAUGAAGGAAGUGGAUGAACAAAUGCUCAACAUUCAGAACAAGAACAGCAGCUAUUUCGUUGAAUGGAUUCCAAAUAAUGUGAAGACCGCUGUGUGCGAUAUUCCUCCGCGAGGUCUGAAGAUGUCUGCAACAUUUAUCGGAAACACUACGGCAAUCCAAGAGCUGUUCAAGAGAAUAUCUGAGCAGUUUACGGCAAUGUUCAGACGAAAGGCGUUCCUGCAUUGGUAUACUGGGGAAGGUAUGGACGAAAUGGAGUUCACUGAAGCAGAAAGCAACAUGAACGAUCUAGUUUCUGAGUACCAACAGUACCAGGACGCCACAGCAGACGAUGAGGGGGAGUUUGACGAGGAAGUCGAAGAGGAGUAA